GUCCGGUCAGUGCUGUGAUUCCAGAGCAUUCUCUUGCCACCCUACAUCAUCCUUCUCAAUCCUGGUCUGAACCACAAUUUAUAGAGACCUCAGCCAGUCUCCUGGGCAGAGAGUCCAACGGGGCCUUUCUCUCAUUUUCUGAGGUGGAGUUGUUAUCAAUUCAGUCUGAUGCCGGAGCCCAAAAUCAGAGAUUAGCAGACUCAAAAGCACCUUGGAGGGAGAAGGAGAGAUAUGAAGCCAAAUUUGCAGCCGUUUCUGUCAGGAGCCCUUGCAUGAAUACCAAAGUGAAAGUGUCAUUGCCAAAGGAUGUGGAAGCAGCAUCCGCCAUCUUUGAUCCAAGUGCUGCUGCUGCUCACAAGGCAAAUGAGGCCAGUAAAGUAGCUUUCAAUGAACUGAGUAAUUUAGAUGCACCCCAGUUUGCACCAAGAACACCCCUGGAGGGAGAGGCUGUCGCACCAGCUACACAAACUCUGGAUCUUUCAAGUCUGGAUCAGUGGGAGAGCUUCCCAGGCCCCAAAGGCCAACUGGGCCAUACCCAGCAGCAAGGAGUUGAAAUCAGAGAUCCAGCAAGAGCCAGCAGCUGCCCUGAUGUAACUGAGAAGAAGUAUGGUCCAGAGGGAGUUUUCAGGAAAAAUAGUCUCCAGAACUCUCCAACGUGCCAGUGGAAAGAGCCUCUCUCCAGCUCUCCCGAGUCUACAGGAAAUGCCUGGAGAGAAGACCUGGAUCUGAUCCCCGCUUGCAGAUCACCUGUGGAGAGGAUUUCUACAUCAGGCCAGAUCAAAUCUGUAAUCAAGCAAACAAAAGAGACCUCAAAUGUGCACCCAAUGUGCCGUGAUCUUUCACCGAGACGCAAGCUGGGCCCUGCCAUCUUCCACAAGACGGUCUCCCAAGACCGUUUGAUUGAGGAGUUGCAAGACAGGUUGGGCAUUAGCAAACCAGAACAAGAGGAAUGGAGAAGCCCAGACAACUGGCUGACUGAGGGAGUAAUCAUCAUUUCCAGGCCACAGAAGAAGGAACAGGAUGGUGGCCAGCAGGUAGAAAAGGUUAUAAUUCCUGCAGAAUCACCCCUCCCUCUAAGAAGAACAGUUUCUGUCCCACCUUCUCCCCCACCACAGAUUCCUAAAGAUGUCUCCAGGGCUGUUUCUGUCAAAACCUCACCUCUCCCUCACCCUCCACCGCCUCCUCCUCCCUUGCCGCCUCCACCGCCUCCACCGCCAUCGCCACAUGUCCCUCAGUUGCGCUAUGUGCCCUCCGCCCCUCCACCUCAGCCCCUUCUCCAGUGGGAAAUGCUUUUGGAGGAGUGCUCCUCUCCCCGAGCACAGGUUCCCAAAGAAAGCAUUGGAGUGGUCUCUGCUGCCAAGACAGUGGUGUCAGUUGGCUGCCAAACAGAAGAGGACUCGUUCUUCCCACCAGAGCAGGUUCCUUAUACUCCACCUCUGGAACGGGGCUCUCAUGUUCUGGCUGCUCGGCCGCCCACCCCUGAGAAGUUCAUGUCCCAAGGGAAAGGUGGGAAUAACUACCCAUCAUCUACUCCUCCAAAACCUGGUAGCCAGUUGGAUAGCAUGCUUGGAAGCCUCCAGUCUGACUUGAACAAACUGGGAGUAGCAACCGUGGCCAAAGGUGUAUGUGGAGCCUGCAAGAAACCAAUUGCUGGACAGGUUGUCACAGCGAUGGGCAAGACUUGGCAUCCAGAACACUUUGUCUGCACUCAUUGCCAGGAGGAGAUCGGGUCACGGAACUUCUUUGAGCGUGAUAGCCAGCCCUACUGCGAGAAGGACUAUCACAAUCUCUUCUCCCCUCGCUGUUACUACUGCAAUGGCCCUAUCCUGGAUAAAGUGGUGACGGCCUUGGACAGGACAUGGCACCCGGAACACUUUUUCUGUGCGCAGUGUGGAGCAUUCUUUGGUCCUGAAGGCUUCCAUGAGAAGGAUGGCAAGGCCUACUGUCGCAAGGAUUACUUUGACAUGUUUGCUCCCAAGUGUGGAGGUUGUGCUCGUGCCAUUUUGGAAAACUACAUCUCUGCCUUGAAUACCCUCUGGCACCCUGAGUGUUUUGUCUGCCGGGAAUGCUUCACUCCAUUCAUCAAUGGCAGCUUCUUUGAACACGAUGGGCAGCCCUACUGUGAGGUGCAUUAUCAUGAGCGCCGGGGCUCACUGUGCUCUGGCUGCCAGAAGCCCAUCACAGGGCGCUGCAUCACUGCAAUGGCCAAGAAAUUUCAUCCUGAACACUUUGUCUGUGCCUUCUGUCUCAAGCAGCUCAACAAAGGAACCUUCAAGGAGCAAAAUGACAAGCCCUACUGUCAGAACUGCUUCUUGAAACUCUUCUGUUAAGGCCAAAUUCAGCAGCCUUUGGUUGGCUUGCCUCUUUGGACAUUAUCAUGUUUCAGCAACCUGUGGCCAUGGUGGGCUGAGAAGAGGAAUGAGUGACUGAAUGAAUGAGUGAAUGAAUGAAUGAAUGGGUGAAUGAAGGAUGAGUUGGGAAUGGAGAGGAUGAGAUGCUUAGAGCUGCUUUGGAAAAGUGGUGAAUCCAGAGAGCAAUUCACCAUGGACCACUCAAUUAGAAAGCAAUUUAGCCAGGAGAUGCUGAGAAACUGCGAUUAUGAUACUGGAUUGACAUCUGAGCCAAACUAAGAGGGGAAAUAGGGAAGGAGGCUCCCUUUGAGAGGAAAGGGCUGACAAACAACCUCUGAUGGCUGCAUCAUGCCUUCUUGAUAGCCAGGCUUCAAGUAAAAUUGGUUUCAUUGUGAGGAUAAGCCAAUAAAAGUUACCCCUGGGUGCAGCCCUGAUGGCCUACUCCCUGCCCAUGUGUCUAUUCCUCUUAACGCUGCAGAGAGACGAGGCUGCAGCGUUAGAGGAAUGUCCAGCAUGACUCUCAUCACCAGAGGUUGAUGUCGGCUCUGUUUGUACCCCUAUCCCUUCUCCAAAUUGAACAUCUCCCACUUUUUGAGAUACUACGUUCUCCACUGUUGCUGCCAUCAAAACUCCUCUAACACAAGGUGCUCUUGGUGAGGUUGGAGAAAUGUAUUACAAUAUGAAAAAAAAUCUGAAUAAGCAAGGCCUCCCAGGGUUCCCAGACCUGAGUUUUUAGGUAGGCAUGAGAAUAACCUGUGUAGUGAUUUCACUUGAAAGGCAAGAGAAGAGUAGAGGUGUCAGCGUUGCCUUUUUUCUUUCUGUCUGUCUCUGUUCUUCAUUUACAAAUCAAUGAAAUAUGUCCUAAAGAGACAGCCUUUUGAGCAAUAAUCCUUUUUUUUCUAUCAACUAGUUUUAAUACAUGCCUCAGUGUGUCUUCUCUCUCUCUCUCUCUCUCUCUCUCUAUCUCUCUCUCUCUCGAUUUGUGUGUGAGAGACUGUCUUUUGCUAUCAAACCGAAUACUGUGUGUUUGGGUGGGGAUAAUGGAUUUAUACACUGAGUCUCGAAUUAAUAACAGAACAACUUUUAAUCUCUUGUAUGGAAAUGUUUAGUUUUUUGAAAUAAUUUUCAACGAAUGACUUUCAUAUCUUGAUUGUUCUGGGCAGGGCCCUGGUUGUGUUGGUUCCUGCAUCUAUAAUCUUGAUGCUUUGUUAAACACAGCGAUUAACAUAAGUGUUGUCUUUUUCAAACUGGGGGUGGGUGGGUCGGGAGAGGGGGAAUGUGCAAGGAGUGUGCGUGUUUAUUAUUAUUAUUAAUUUGCUUUUAUUAAUUAGCUUUUCUAUUGAUCCGAGCUCAACUGGAACAGAUUUUUAAAGAAAAGAAAAUAACAUGUAAACUGCUGUAUUUUGAAUUGUUUGCUUUCCUCUCAAAGUCUAGUGUUCCAGGAUUUCAAGCUAGUCUUAAUUUACUUCUGCCAUGAGAAAGAGCUCAAAUAUGUAGCUUACUUGGAGUUGAGCUUCAUAAUCUGUUGGAGAAGCUGAUAUUAGCUCCUGGGUGUUGAUUUGCCAUUUAACGCUAAGAUGUUUUUUUACAGGUGUGCCAUAACUCUUUGGUGUGCUGCGAGUCUACAGCUGCAUGUGCACAAUCAAACACCUCGGUACCUAUGCGUACUUUGAGGUCCAUUUCUCUCUAGCCCACUGAGCUAGGGAUUGGGCAGUAAGAAAGCCACAGUAAUGGGGUAGGCAGGAAAUACAGUGCUGGAUUUAGGUUGGUCUGGCCCAUAGACCCCAAUCUAGGAGUGCCAUUCAAUAUGUGCUUCCUCAGCCGCUUGUGUCUUCUCUUGUCACGCAUUGAGCAAUCAUGUGUUGACAUUUGCAGGUUGUCUGGAAAUCAUAUCCGUCUUUAAAAGGAUCGGGGAACUGUGACCUUCCAGAUUUUUUGGGGAUUGCUAGAAGAGCAUUGUUGAAUUCAGGCUUGUGGAGUCCUAAACAUACCACAUUUCACUGAUUGUAAGGCGUACAUUUUUCCUUUUUAAGAAGCUUCAAAAAUGAGGUGUGCCUUAGAUCCAAUGGUGACUUAGAUUUGCUGGUUUUAGGGGUUUUUAAAAAUUGUCUUAAAAAAGAGGAGGGGGAGGAGGAGGAAGGGACCCCCGCCUCAAACAGUUCCAGUUUGGGAGUUUCCCUUUUAAAUUGUCUUACCUCCGAGAGGAGGAGGAGGAGGAGGAGGAGGAGGAGGAAGGGCCUCAGUCCCAACAGCUCUGCCAGAACCCCACCAUUUUGGCCUCAGCCUCAGCCAGAUGGCUAUUUAUUGAUAUUUUAACUAAGCACCUCUUUGUGUUUCCCCUGCCUCUUCAAUGGGCCCAUAGACUUAGUAAUACAGACUCAUGCAGACAAGAUGACUUCCAGACUUCCCUCCUCACCCCACAAGAAAGAUUGCACUACAAAGCUGCACUGAAACCAUGACAAGUUAUUCUAAAUUCUAAAAAAAAGUUCAAAGAAGGCAUUUUAAAUUCUAAGAAAAUAUUAAAAGAAGAGGAUGGUUUGAAAUCUAAAAAAUAUUCUAAGAAAAUUGUUUUUUCCUAAAAUCAAAGUUUUAAAAACAGGGUGUGCCUUACACAUUCAGUGGCGCCUUAGAGUCAGUGAAAUACAAUAUGGCAUGUUUAAGAAAGCUGAUAGCAUUACCAAAAAGGUGACUUCUUACUAAGAGGCCAUUCAUAAUCUCAGGCCUUGUGCAGUACAGUUAAUGGUGAAGGAUGAUGUUAGCUGCAGUCCCAAUGGCCUCCAGAAGGUCAUGGUUGCUCACUUCUGCUGUGAAACACAUGCAAAAAUUGGUAUUUCCUUUGCCGCUACCUAACUCUGGUCUUGGAUUUGAGGCAGUGCUAGGCAGACCAAAGUAUGGAGCUUUGAGUUCGUAGAGAAGAAAGAGAGGCAAACAGCUACUGUUUCCUUCAGGGUGGGCUUUGGACUGUUUGUCCCAUUUUGCUGUAAGCUGGGGGUUAUCUCCUCUGUCUUGUGUGGCGGGAGGAAUGAUGCCAAAUAAUUAUUGUACAGAGAGUCUGCCAGCUGUUGAAAGUGACGCUGAGAGCAAUUGUGUGGUGCAGUUUGGAGUGAAGAAACACGUCUGCCCUGUUGUGCCGGUCAGGCUGUCAUCGUGUUUUUUCAAAGUUGGGCUUCUUGGAAGUCUAGGAUGUAUAGAGCCUGAGCAAGGAGACAGGCGACAGUAUUAGGAGCCACUCUGCCAUUUGGCAACAAGGGUUGGCGAAGGAAAAAAAAGUAGCCCUGGUAUUAUGAAUUCACAGUGGAUCUCAGACAGGGACGGGCCAUUUAUUUUCAUACCCCUUCCCUUCCUGCCAUAGCUGUGACAUUUUAAGGCUUUGUGCCCUAUGUUUCUUUCCCCCUUUUAAUUCUUUAAAUGCAUCUGAGUGAAGUGGGUCUCAGUCAAAGCUUCUUCGCUUCCCCUGGGAAGGAGGAAAAGGGGAGACUCUCCUGUGGAAUAAUCUUUCUCUCCCUGGUUUCCCUUCUGUAAACAUUUCAUUCUGCUGUUUCCUCUCCCCUUGGAAAUCCCUGUGAUUGAAGCUAAUAAAAAAUUAUGAUAAUUUUCA